UUACGUUUUUUAUUCGACACGUAUUUUAGGUUAGGAUUCGUACAAUUGUUAUUAUUUGAUAAUAAGGAAGUGUUUUGCAAAAUUUUUAAUAUUUACAGAGUUGUAAAUAGUCAAUUAUUCAAAUGAAUUUAUUCAUAGAUUGAUUGAAUAUAUUUUAUUUCAUAAACAUGACAUCUUCAGGAGAUGUUGCAACAGUACGCAUGCGGGCUUAUUUAAAUCUGCCAUGCAUAGAGAGAUGUAGAGAAUUAUCGACGUUGAUUUUAGAGUCAAGUACGACAGAACUUCAAAAUGUUUUACCACUUCUUAUUGACUCUAUUUUUGGGGUAACAAAUAAUAUAGGCUGGGGUCUACAUAAUAUAAGUUUGCGAAAAAAUCCUCAAGAGUAUGAAGCGUUAUGCAAUUUUCUUGGACCCCGAGGACCUAUUUUUUCCCUUUGUUACAAAUUAUUACCUGAUUGUUACUUGAAAUAUGACUUUCCCGUUUCUUAUCUUCCAACAAAAAUAAAAUGUUUAUUAGAGGAAGGUAUUAUUCCACCAUUUUAUUUAGACAAAUUGAAAGAUGAUCACAACACAAGACUUCCUUCAGCAUUAUUACUAAAUCCAUUUGAAUAUUAUAUAUUUCAUUUUGCAUAUCAUUUAACGAAUCCUUGGCUUCAACUUCAACAAAUGGAAAAUGUUUGGGUGAAUUGGGAGACUGUUUAUGUUCAAUUGGCCCACUGCUAUUUGUAUCAUUUUUUACCACGGGAUAACUCUCCAGUUUUACCUAUUAUUGGACCUUAUAUUCGUCCAACACCACCGAGAAAAAUAAUGCAGUCACCUGAAUCUAAAAGAUUGCAAACUCCAAGGCUUUUAAGGACUUCUAUAUUAUCUCCAGUAUCUACAUCAUCUCCAGGAGUUCCUCAGCAACAAUGUCUACCACAAGUGUGGCGAAGUGAAACUGUGAUUCAAGUAUUCUUAGAUUUUUGGCUGGAAUAUACUGAAGAAGAUAAAUUAGUGUCUCAUUUAUCUACAUUGAAUUCUUUACUUCGAAGACAUAGUAUUCAUUCUGGUGAUCAUAUUCGUUUAGUUAGAGCUUUUAUCAAAACAUUGCAUGAAUUUGCAAAUAGUGCAAUCGGUGAUAAAAGUGCAAUGGAUGAAUUAAAAAGAAUAAUUUUACCAUCUGUACAAGGGAAAAUUUAUACGUUCUUAAAAAAAGCUAUCUAUCAUUGGCCACUUGAUAGUUCAUUUAGAUUAAUUCUUGAAGCUUGGUUAAGUUUUAUUCAACCAUGGAGAUAUGUUCCAAGUUUAGGAUUUGUUAAAGAAAAAGGCGAAGAAGAUGAUAGAGGAAAAAUUCAAGAUCCAUCACGCUGGAUGUCUUUCGUAGCGAAUAAUUUGCUUGCUUAUACGGCAAUUUUUCAACAAUUAUUGCCUAGGUUUAUGAGAACUGAUCUCGUUGCACCAAAAAAUGCUUUAAUGUUGUUUCGAGUAACCAAAGUAUUUUCGCAAGCACACUUAGCAUCCAUGCUAACAGAAAUCGAAAGUUGUAUGGACGAAACUAAUUUAAGCAGAGGUAAAAUUCCAACAAGCCAAUGGAGUGCUACUGUUAGACAGCAAAUUGUUGAACUUGAAGGACCAACUUAUCAAUAUGUUCCUAUGUUUUCAUCUACUGUUACAUCACAGAUUGUUAGAAUGUUGAGUAUCAUAAAACAAGCUUAUCUUACUGCAACAAGCAUUGUUGAAGCUCUUGAAAAAAGAAGGACUGAAAAGAAAUUUUUCCAUUCCAUAUGGGAAUUUUUUAAUGGUGAAGAGUACAGUGAAGAUGAUAUUGGUCUUAUUGAAAGAAAAAAAACACCUGGAUUUUUAGCAAAUGCUCAACAGCAAUUGAUUGAUAUUUUUCAACUUGAAGAUGUACCGCAGUUUGCCAUUGCCGCUGAUCAAGAAUAUCAUGAUAGCAUUUUAUCAACAUCUUUUUGUCAUAUAUCACAUAUGGAUUCAAGUAUGGAUUCUUCCAGACCAGGUGUUUUUGUUCCUAUUCAAAAUGAGCGUCAGAAUUGUAGAUACAUUGAAUACAUGGGUGAUCCUGAAUUACAACCAGUUCGCACAAAUGAAUGUGCUUUCCUUGUUCGUCAACUUUAUAGAUUUUGUGAAAUCAUCAAUCAUAAGUAUGAAGCAGAGAUCACGACUUUGUACAACAGAAAUGAUUUUGUUGGGCGUGUCGCUAGAAGAAUCCUCCGACCACCAACAUCAGUGAUUUCAUUACCAAAACGCACGCAAUCUGGUUUCAGCCCUGGAGGAGAACAACGCCUUCCACCACGAUUAUCUUUAAGAUUUCUCGCAAGUCACAGUUUUAUUACGCUUAUGCUUUUUGGAGCUUUUAUAUUUUGUCUUCUGGGAUAUAGUACGCUUUUUUUUCUAUUUAUUUCAUGGUUUCUAUGGUUUAUUUAUAUUCUUAUUGGAGCUGCCUGUGAACCUUUAAUGCCUAGAGGAUAUAUUAACAGACUGAGAUCAAAUGCCUUUACAUUCUCUAUUAAUUGAUGCAAUAAUUUUUUGCAUUUUUCUAUCAGUUUAUAAUAUUUUUUCUUAUCAAUUUGCCUCAUUUUGUAUAAAAUAAUCACUUAUAAAUAUAGAUUGUAAAAUAAAAUGUAAACAAAUCAUCAAUUAUAUUAAUCUGAUAUUAACUUUUAAUUAUGUCAAUUAAAUUACCAGUAGAUAUAAAUGAGAGGUUUCUAUUUCUUAAUUUUUAAGGCAACUUCAGAUAAAUUAUAAAACUUUUUCCACCCAUUCAAGAUGAAGAAUUCUAAUGCUAAUUUUAAUUAAAAUAUUUUUGUAAUUUUUCAAAGGAUAAAUAUAAUUGACUAAAAGUUACGAAGAGGAAGUGUUGUAAUUGAAAAUAUAAUUUGUUUGAUUUGUUGACAUGAGUAGAAGUAUAUUAUUUGUAAGAGACAAUAAUUGCUGAUUUGUAAAUUGGGCAAAGUUAGUUACAUAGAAAAAUAGAGCGAGAGGUAGAGAGAGAAGAGUGAGUUCAUUCAUAGACCGCAUACUUGUAUCUCUCUGCAAUUAGUGAUCUUUUAUGUAGAAUAUCAAAUGCUCUGUUAUUUUCCAGUUAGUCACAAUAAAACACGACAAUUUAUCUUUCA